GUUGUGACAGAGCACACCUGCUUGAUCUCCACGCUGAUCGACGCUCCCGAGUCCAAUUAUCCCAAAAGGCCCGAGGAGCCGCUCACUCGCCGCCUCGACUGGAUAUUUGGGAGUCCUUCCCCCGACUUUGCUCAACGCUCCUUCGCCUUGCUUCUGCUGGGAACAGGCUCCCCUGCUAGCAGCACCAUGAGGUCCGCCUGUCUCUCUCUGCUCCUGGUCACCGCCUGCUGGGCUCUGCCCUUCCGCCAGUCCGGCUUCAUGGACUUCAUGAUGGAAGAUGAACCCGGGUCGGCCCUGCCCGACGAAACUAACACCUUUGAAGCGCCCAUGAUGCCUGAAGGACCCAAGUGUCCCUUCCGGUGCCAGUGCCACCUGCGCGUAGUGCAGUGUUCUGACCUCGGUCUGAAGGAAGUUCCCAAAGACAUCCCUGACGACACCACCCUCCUAGACCUGCAGAACAACAAAAUCACUGAGAUCAAGGAGGACGACUUCAAGAACCUCAAGGGGCUGCACGCUCUGAUCCUGGUCAACAACAAGAUCAGCAACAUCCACGCCAAGGCCCUGAACCCUUUGACUAAGCUGCAGCGCCUCUACUUGUCCAAGAACAUGCUGAAGGACAUGCCCGCCAACAUGCCCAAGAGCCUGCAGGAGCUGCGCAUCCACGAGAACGAGAUCACCAAGAUCAAGAAAGCCUCCUUCGAAGGAAUGUCCCAUGUCAUCGUCAUGGAGCUCGGCUCCAAUCCCCUGAAGAGCGCUGGAAUCGACGCCGGAGCAUUCGCCGACCUGAAAAGAGUCUCUUACAUUCGUAUUGCGGACACUAAGAUCACCGAGAUCCCACAAGGUCUCCCAAGCUCGCUUUCUGAGCUCCACUUGGAUGGAAACAAGAUCUCCAAGAUCACUGCUGAGAACCUUAAGGGCCUAAAACAACUGGCUAAGCUGGGUUUGAGCCACAACGAGAUCAGCUCGGUGGAAAACAGCACGCUGGUGAAUGUCCCCCACCUGCGCGAGCUUCACCUGGACAACAACGCUCUGACCAGCGUGCCCCCAGGCCUGCCUGACCACAAAUACAUCCAGGUGGUCUACCUCCAUGUCAACAAGAUCAACGCGGUGGGCACAGACGACUUCUGCCCCCCAGGCUUCAACACCAAGAAGGCCAUGUACUCGGGAAUCAGCCUCUUCAGCAACCCCGUGCCUUACUGGGAAGUCCAGCCCAUCACCUUCCGCUGCGUCUUCGACCGCUCCGCCAUCCAGCUGGGCAACUACAGGAAGAAGUAGAGCGACCACGCCCCCCACCGCCCCACCUCAGAUCCCCUCAUCCACCUCCAACCCCAUCAUUGAGGAAGUGUGCCUUUUGUAAAUGAGUGUGUGAAUGUGUGCAUGUUUGACCACCGUCACCCUCCCCCACACCCCCCACACACACCAACUCUCUCAUAGUGGACAUGGACCUCAAGCACAUGUUUUUUUUUUGUUUUCACUUCUAAGAACACCGUUAUUUAGCUUGGCUUGGUCGGUAGUGAACGCGGCUCGCAUGAAACACAAAGUAGAGCCACAUUAUAUCCUCACGUUCAUACGGUAGCGCAGUUAAUCACGGAAACAUUCCACUGUCUUUUUUUUUUGGACCAGUUGUAAACGAGGCCUGUGGAGCAGGCAGCACACCUGUACCGAUCAUUCCUGCGUGACAGCAUCCAGAAUGUGGACAAAAUAGUCUGUUUGUGCCGAAUGAACGCAACCGUGACUUCAUCACGUCUGUCGCGCUUGCUUCCAAAUUUAGAAUAAACCAUAUAUGUUUUAAA